AUGAUGCAAAACACUUUGCAAGGGUUUAAUACUAAUUUCCAACAAACAAAUACAUUCACUCAACCAUCUCAAAAUAUGAUGGGAAACAAUUCUUUGUUUGGCCAACAACAACAACAAAACACUCUCUUCACUUCACAGAACCUCUUUGGAGGUCAACAGCAACAACAACAAAAUAACUUCGCAAAUACUUUUAACCAACAAGGAAAUCAAAAUCUCUUUGGAACUCAACAACAGGGAAACACCUUCGGACAACAACAAAACGUCUUUGGAAAUCAACAAACGACAAAUUCGUUGUUUGGAAACACGCAAACUGGAUUUGGGACGAUGACACAAAACGCACAACAAACGGGAAAUACCUUUGGAAGCAAUUUUGGCGGUGCCAAUUCUGCGUUCACUGCAAAACCGCAGUCUGGCCUUUCUGUGUUUGGUAACACGCAGCAGAACACUUUUGGACAACAACCGACGCAGCCAAAUUCAUUAUUUGGAAAUACACAACAGAACUUCUUUGGACAGCAACCACAAGGCAAUUCGUUGUUUGGGAAUACGCAGCAACAGAUGGGGAGUACCAAUACUAAUAUGAUGGGCAAUCAACAACAAAACAGUUUAUUUGGAAGUACCUCCCUUCAACAAGGGGGGUUAGGGGGAAACUUAUUUGGUCAACCAACACAGCAACAGCAAGGGACUGGGUUAUCGGGGAUGACACAGCCACAAAUGGGCAAUUCCUUAUUUGGGAAUACACCGUCGCAAAUAGGGAGUAAUCCUCUUAUGGGGGGUCAACCACAAAAUAACUUAUUUGGAGGGAAUACACAACAACAAAGUGGGUUAGGGGGGAAUUUGUUUGGGAAUAGUACUACAAGUUCUUUAUUUGGGAAUCAACAACAAAGCAAUAACUUGUUUGGGAAUGGGAUGGGAGCAUUGGGACAACAACAAAAUUCGAUGUUUGGGAAUCAACAACAGAGCAAUGGCUUGUUUGGGAAUACUCCAGGAUUGUAUGGACAACAACAACUUGCGAACCAAAUGCAACAACCACAACUUGUAUUGCCUCCAACAACACCACUGAAGAUCGUCGAAAAGGAACCAAAAGUCGACGACGCGCUUGAUGAAAUGAGAAGCCAAAUCCAAAGCAAAGCACUCAUUCUGGUCUUUAGAAAGACUAUGCACGAAGCGCAUCGCGAUGACCCACCUCAAGAAGUCGCGAAAAAAAUACCAACACGUGUUGUGAAAGUCGAUGAGACUCAACCACAUACAGAAGAAAAAGCAGUGAUGGUGAAGACUGUUCCAGUCUUUAAAUAUGUACCACGCAGUCAUAGAAAGGAGUAUUAUAGUGUUCCGAGUAUGGAAGAAUUACAGAAGAUGGACGUCGAGAGUCUGAAACACCUCAAAAGUUUUGUAUUUGGACGGACAGAUGUUGGACAAAUUGAGUGGAAGAACGUCGACAUCACAGGAGUCAAUUUUGAUUGUGAAAUCCAAAUUGAAAGGGGAAACGCAAUUGUCUACCCCACAGGAACUCUUAAACAAGAAGUUGGGAAGAAACUCAAUACAGAAGCCACGCUGACUUAUUACCAUAUGAAUAAGGAUGAAGAGUUCGACUCACAACUCGAACGGCUGAAAAAGGUCGGAGAAAUCGUUCAACAAGACGAAAUUAGAGGUGAAAUAACAAUUAAAGUGCAGCAUUUCUAA